AUGGCCGCCGUCAGAUCCGCGAUCGCCUUGGUCUGCUCCUCCAUCGCAGUAGCCUUGCCUCGGCGGAAAGGGGUGGGCAGAAAGGCUCUGAUACCACUUGUUACGCGCUUGCUCGAUCUAGAACAAAGUUAUCGGGGGUACCUUUUGGCCGGUGCCAUCCUGCUUCUCACUCUUCUCCUCGUCGUCAAGCUCAGGCGACGCAGUAAGCAGUAUGGUGGCGUGACGCUGCACCCGCCUCCGGGGCCAUGGCAGCUGCCGGUGAUCGGCAGCAUGCACCACCUCGUGGGCGCGCUCCCGCACCGCGCCAUGCGCGACCUCGCCCUCCGGCACGGCCCGCUCAUGCUGCUCCGCAUGGGCGAGCUCCCCGUUGUUGUGGCCUCGUCGGCGGCCGCGGCGAUGGAGAUCAUGAAGACCCACGACGUCGCCUUCGCCACGCGGCCGAGGACCAACACCAUCGUUGCGCUCAGUGGAGACGGCCUUGGCGUCGCCCUCGCGCCGCACGGCGACCACUGGCGCCGUGUCCGCAAGCUCUGCGCCAUGGAGCUUCUCGGCGCGCCGCGGGUUCGGUCGUUCCGAGGGACGCGUGAGGCCGAGGCGGACGCCCUCGUUGCGUCCGUGGCCGUGGAGGCGGCGUCCGGGGCCGCUGUGAACGUCAGCUCCCUCGUCGCCACGUAUGUCGCCGACGCCGUAGUGCGCUCCAUGGUUGGCGACCGGAUCGCGGACCGCGAAGCCUUCCUGGCGUGCCUUUACGAGGGUGUCAGGGUGGCCGCCGGGUUCAGCCUCGCCGACCUGUUCCCGUCGUCGCGCCUCGGGCGCGCGCUCAGCGGGACGGCGCGCCAAGUGGAGGCGAUGGUCCGGGAGAUGUCCCGGCUCGUGGACGGCGUCAUCGAGGAGAAACGCGCGAGGAAGGCGGCCGGCGCCGGCUGCGAGGAAGAGGAGGACAUCCUGGACGUGCUUCUGGAUUGCGGCGGCGGCGGCGCGCCUCUCGACAUCGGGACCGUCCGUGCUAUGAUGAGGGAUCUCUUCGGGGCCGGGAGCGAGACCUCGGCGUCGACCAUAGUAUGGGCCAUGGCCAAGCUGGUGCGGAAACCGGCGGCGCUCCGGAGGGCGCAGGCGGAGGUGCGCAGCGCGCUCGCCGGGCAGAGCCGGGCCCGGGAGGAGGCCCUGCAGGAGCUGCCGUACCUGCGGCUGGUGAUCAAGGAGACGCUCCGGCUGCACGCGGCAGUGCCGCUGCUCCUCCCGCGGGAGUGCCGCGAGCCCAGUCGCGUCCUCGGGUACGACGUGCCCCAGGGCACCAUGGUGCUGGUCAACGCAUGGGCCAUCGGCCGGGACGCGUCGAGCUGGGGGCCGGACGCCGAGGAGUUCCGGCCGGAGAGGUUCGAGGAGGAAUCCGCGGCGGCGGUGGACCUCAGAGGGACGGACUUCCAGCUAGUGCCGUUCGGCGCGGGGCGGAGGAUGUGCCCCGGGAUCACGUUCGGGCUCGCCGUCAUGGAGGUCGCGCUGGCGAGCCUCCUCUUCCAUUUCGACUGGGAGCUCCCCGGGGGGACGGAGGAGCUGGACAUGGCGGAGGCGUUCGGGAUCACGGCGAGGAGGAAGACCGACCUGUGGCUGCAUGCCACCGUCGUCGUGCCACCUCUGUAA